UCAGCCGCCAGCCCCAGUGAGGUACCCAAGAUUGCUCCACUUUGCCCCCUGGGGGCAUUGGUGCGGGACACCUUGAGUUACACCUCCAGACCCACUUGUAACUUUCUCCAGCUGGCUCUGUGUCCCAGAGUCGGAACUGUAUGGCCUGGCCGAGGCGACUCGCUUCAUUCUGGCCUCCAGUUGGGUUUGGCCAAUGACAGUGUUGGCAGAAACCAGAGGGUGGGAGGACUGGGACGUUGGGGAGCCCGGUGCCUCCCCUGCCCCCGCUCCUGCUGGCAGCAGCGCUCUCACCCUCUCCGUCCUGGGAGCCACCACCUGUCCCUCGUGCCUUUGGGCCUGGGCAGGCACUGUUAGUAGCUCCCAGUUCUGUUCUUCGUGGUUUCCCUACAUCCAGAACAUAGCUUUAUAAAUAGACUCUUUAUUAAAAUUUCUUUCCAGUUAUCCCAGUUUGAAUGUACCAUCUGUUCUUUGCCUGGACCCAGAGUGACAUGGGGUCUUGGGCGUCUGUGAACUGGCCAUCCUGUCUUACUUGGGUCUUGCUGGGCAGAACUAGAGUAGGAAUGCCCAGUUUCAGUGUGGCCUCACCCCCUGACCAUGUUGAUGACCACUUUAUUCCUUUUUCUUAAAGUCAACCUUUUUAGACACCCCUCUGACCAUCUCCUGUCUUCCGGCUUCCCAGGACCACCUCCCAGUGCCACCCACCCGCAUCCUGCCCACCCUGCCCCGGCCCUGCUGCCGCACCCCACACUCCCUGCCUUUCCCCAUCAAGAGGUCACCUGUCUGACCACCUCCUUUCCACUCAGACUCACACUCUGACUCUGAGUGCUGGGUAGCCAGUAGCUAUUUUUAUUAAAAAUUUUUGCUUCUAUGAGCAGAUGCUAGUAUGUUUACAGGUUACUCCUCCUUGUUUAAAACAAAAAAUCAUUUUAUCAGGAGCAUUCUGGAGAAAUGAUUCCAUAACCCAAAGGAGCGAGUCUAUGUGAUGGUCAUUUCAGAGGGCACAUUUGUUUUGAAAGGGCCUCUAAGACUGGCGGUGGCAGAGGCAGGGAGAUGUUUAGGGACAGUGCAGGCCUUUGUUCCCCUCCAGAUUUCCCCGGGUGGCUAUCUGCCUCUUCCACGUGCCACCUGAAGGCGGAGUCCAGGUCCCAGGAUGCUUUCUUCUGGUGGUCAGAGGCCUCUAGGCUAGCGUUGCCCUCACCAGUGGGGCCAGGCCCAGGAUCACCUAGGAUACCUGUGAGAGGUGCUAGGUGCAGGGAGAGUUCCAGGGGCUUUCCUGGGAAUGGCUCCUAAUCUCAAGUGUGGCCAAGUUCAAACGUUUCCAACAAACAGCCCGUAAAGAAAAAACACCUUGUCUCCAGGCCACCUGCCACACAGCAGAGCUCAGAAUUGUCGGCACUCACUUGUCUUCUGUUCCUGGAUUCAUGCUGCCUUCACAUGACGUGUACCUCUUUUGGUUUGCUCAUCCCUCUGACACACAGUUACCACAGGAUGUGUGAUGGAAGACGCUUUCGCCUUUAGUUGUGUGAAUGCGUGUGUUUCACUGUCUUGUUUGUGUCUUCCCUGCAUUUAUAACCAGUGUAUCCUCUGUUUACAAUCAGCCCGUUUUAAGGUACAGUUUAACAUCAGACAAUGAAGUGAAAUAACCUUACUCUUUAGAGAAUCAAAGUCAGUCAAACUCAUAGGUUUUUGACUAUAAAGGAAAUAUUUUUGUGUGGCUUCAUGCAGCAACGGAUACCUCUUCUUUAUUCUCUUCCUCCUUUGCCCCAACCUCUGACUUUGUCUCAGUUGACCAUGAUGCAGAAGUGAAGUACAAUCUCUAAAGGAGCGUUUUUGUUCUUUGUUUCUUGCCUCUUCCCUUACUUGAAAAUAGAUGAGCCUAACAUUUUUUCUUUUCUUUUUUAAAUAUCCAAGUUGAGUGCUCUGUGCUUCCUCUAGCUCAUGAUUGAUUUGUAUUUUGACACCAGUGUGACCCAUGAUAAAAAUAUGUUCUCACCUCUCGUGUAAAGGAUACAUUCAUAGCUUGUCUGUUCAGAUGGGCUUUAAAUCAAGGAAUUGUCUCUCUGCAUUCUGAAUAAAAAUUUUCUCACAUUUGAGAGGAAUCUUGUUAUCAGGUUUGCCACUCCAGUCUUAAAAAAUGUGGAGGAAGGAGUUCAGCUGAGUAAUGGAUGGUUUAACUGACAUGCGGGUCUUACAUUCAAAUACCAAAUGCGGUCACAUUGGAUAGAAGAAUAUCACAGGGCACUUCUGUGAAGCCGUUAGCUUUUCUUGACUCAACUUGUACUUUUUAUUUAUUGCAAACAAGACUUCCCCAAAACUAGAAUUGUUAUUCACGCAAGUCAACAAAAGCCGAAUAGUACCCUGACAUUUACUAAGCCAUCAUACUAUUAUAAUAUCUAACACUUCCUGAAUAUUUAACAUUACUAUGCUAAACUGAUUGCCCGAAUUAGCUCUUUUUCUCAUUUAAUUUAAUCAGGCAGAUCCCAUUUUACAGAUGAGAAGGAUGAGCCUUAGAAAGGUCAGAUGGCCAGCCCAGAAUCAUACCUCAGUGACCACUCAACUAUGCUGUCUUCCUGCAAAACCCCACAGAUGUAAACAACACGAGGCUUCUGAGUCACUUAUCACCCCGUGCCUAGGGAGCCUUCCGCACGUGCAGAACCUCACGCUCUCUUGUCCGCUCCGCAAGGGCAGGCUGCCGAAUCCACAGAGGUGGUGGAUUCAGAUGACAGUUUCAAGCCCCUGAAAACAACUAUAAAUUAAAUCACAAACGUCUCCUUGAAUUGGAGGGCAUGGCACCACUCUCCUCAUGGUCGCCUCCUAUGCUGGGCACAUAGACUGUGUGAGGGAGCUCGUUCUGCAGGGAGCUGACAUCAAUCUCCAGAGAGAGUCAGGUACAACUGCCCUGUUCUUUGCUGCCCAACAAGGACAUAAUAACAUCGUGAGAUUUCUCUUUGAAUUUGGAGCAUCCACUGAAUUUAGGACCAAAGACGGGGGCACUGCCCUGUUGGCCGCCAGUCAGUACGGGCACAUGCAGGUGGUGGAGACCUUGCUGAAACACGGAGCCAACAUCCACGAUCAGCUUUAUGAUGGAGCCACCGCACUCUUCCUGGCUGCCCAAGGGGGUUACUUGGAUGUGAUUCGACUACUGUUGUCUUCAGGAGCAAAAGUCAACCAGCCCAGGCAGGACGGGACGGCGCCGCUGUGGAUCGCGUCUCAGAUGGGCCACAGCGAGGUGGUGCGGGUGAUGCUGCUGCGCGGAGCCGACCGCGACUCCGCCCGCAACGAUGGUACAACAGCGUUACUGAAAGCAGCCAACAAAGGGUAUAAUCAUGUUAUAGAGGAGCUGCUGAAAUUCUCACCCACCCUCGGUAUAUUGAAGAACGGGACCUCAGCGCUCCACGUGGCCGUGCUCAGCGGGAACAUUAAGACAGUGGCGCUUCUCCUGGAAGCUGGGGCAGACCCAGCUCUGAGAAACAAGGCCAAUGAACUUCCAGCAGAACUAACCAAAAAUGAGCGUAUAUUGCGUCUCCUCCGAAGUAAAGAAGGACACAGGAAGAGCUAACUUAGUUCCGUAUUUGACUGAAAGAUAGAGACGUUAAUCACAUUGUCCAAAAAGAAGUUGCUUUUCAAAUAGUGUUGGAAAUUCCUGUGAGAAAGAAAAUGCCCAGAAUGCCCACCCUGGGUCCCUGACCGAGAAGAGCUGUGUUUUGUGCUCUGGGUCAGAAACAGAGCAGCUCAGGGACCCUUCCCUCAUGUGGUGGGCUUCUCCCAUGGGCCUGUAGCCCCAGUCCCGUGGGGCCUGGCAUGUUCCUCAAGUCCACAGAAACUCAUUUUAAACUACAUCAACUUGGGUCUUUCAGUUAAACUCUAACAUAGAGUUAAACCCUCUAGGAAGCUUAAGCAAGGAAACAGAAAGCUUUGUUCCUUGAAAAAGACUCAAAGUCUGACCUUUGAUGAAUCAACACACUUCUGCUUUUGUGUUAAAUGUAUGUGUGCGCAAAGAUAUAGCUCUGUCAUAUUUUACAUAUAUGUGUAUGUCAUUCCGAUGUAAAAUGUUUUCUUCUAUCCAAGGGUCCCAGCUAUGAUUCUUGUGAAUCAAUAAUGUGACAUUACUAAAAAGCCACUUCUGACAUUCCACCACAUCCUUUUCGAAGAUGGACUGUUGAAAAAAGACCAAUUGUUCAUGUGUGAGUUGGUCCUCAUCUUAUUCUUAACGUGUAAAAAUAAUUUUUACCUGGAGUCAAAUUGUAGGUAUGGUAGGAUACAAGUGGUAAAUUUGGAAAUUCAGAAAAUUACAAACCUCAAGAAAUGUAGGCUUGUCUCCUUGAGCUGUUACUUUGGGACUCUUGUUGGGGCUCUAUUUCUACUUAGCCAUAACUAAGUAGACUUAAUAUGCUGUGGAAUCUUGAGCUUCCAACACCACAUUGUUUGAUACAAUGACUUUGGGGUCCUUGGAUAAAAUGUGAUAUAUGUAAGAACAAUAUGUUGCUAUUACUAUUGCAGGAGUGUAAGUAAUAAAAGACUGUUAUUAGUAUU